CCCUCCGGGUCCUGCCACCCCCCGGGGCUCGGGGCCAACCCGCCGACUCCGGCUGGAAGAUUUCCCCGCUCGUUUCCUUUGGAGGGGUUGUGUCGGUAGCGGUGUAGCGAGGCUCCGUCCCUAAAGCACCCUGCCUCACCCUGCGGGGGAAGGGAGCUGGGUGGGGGCAAGCCAGGAAGGGAGGAUCUCAGUGGCUCUCCUAAAAUCUAUCAGCAGGCUGCGAGGAGGGAAGAGUUUGGCACUUCGCAGGCAAGGCUGGGCUUGUUUUCCCCAGCGGUGAUGUCGCUGGACUGAGAGCGGCGCGACCGUGCAAGUUGGGGGGUCGAAGUCUCCCCCGCCUUGGGCGCCUUCAGCCCCGGGGGCUCGUCCCUGCCGCCCCGCUGUAUGAGAGCUGGUCAGAGGACAGGGCGACUGGCCGCCUGCUAGGGCUGCGCUCAGCCGCUCCCCUCCCCCGGACUUUCCCACCACCGACGAGGAGCGGCGCGCACCCCGCACCCCGGAGAGUUGUCUCGGCAGGCUCCGUGCUAUGGCGAGGCUGCGGAGAAGCAAACUCGCCGCUGGAUUUCUAUUACUUUUCCAGUGCCUCAGCGAGCGCUGCCAGCUCGCCGGCGGGGAGACGCCGAGGCAGAGCCGCGGUGUGUUUUAUGAAGUUGUUCAGAGCUUCCCUGGAAUGGAGGAAAAUGUGCUAGUGGAUUCACAUGUAAGCAGCCACAGGUGGAGAAGGCACUCAGAAUCUCUCAAGUCAGUCGACACUAACAGAGCUAGCAUGGGACAGGAUUCCUCUGAGCCAGGGGGUUUCACGGACUUACUGCUUGAAGAGGGACAUGACAACGCCACCCAGAUUGAGGAGGAUACAGAUCAUAAUUAUUAUACUUCAAGGACGUAUGGCCCAUAUGAUUCUACCAGCCGGGAUCUGUGGGUCAAUAUAGACCAAAUGGAGAAAGACAAAGUAAAGAUUCAUGGAAUCCUUUCCAACACCCAUCGGCAAGCAGCAAGAGUGAAUCUGUCCUUCGAUUUUCCAUUUUAUGGCCAUUUUCUACGAGAAAUUACUGUGGCAACUGGGGGUUUCAUAUAUACUGGAGAAGUUGUGCAUCGAAUGCUAACAGCUACACAAUAUAUUGCACCCUUAAUGGCAAAUUUUGACCCCAGUGUGUCAAGAAAUUCAACAGUCAGAUACUUUGAUAAUGGCACAGCACUAGUUGUCCAAUGGGACCAUGUACAUCUGCAGGAUAAUUACAACCUGGGCAGUUUCACUUUUCAGGCCACCCUUCUCAAUGAUGGGCGUAUCAUUUUCGGCUACAAAGAAAUUCCUGUUGCUGUGACACAGAUAAGUUCAACCAACCACCCAGUGAAAGUGGGACUCUCGGAUGCGUUUGUGGUCGUGCACAGGAUCCAGCAGAUUCCCAAUGUCCGUAGAAGAACAAUUUAUGAGUACCACAGGGUGGAGCUACAGAUGUCAAAGAUUACCAAUCUCUCAGCUGUUGAAAUGAUACCUCUUCCAACUUGCCUCCAGUUCACCAGCUGUGGUCCCUGUGUCACUGCCCAGAUUGGUUUCAACUGCAGCUGGUGCAGUAAACUCCAAAGAUGCUCCAGUGGAUUUGACCGUCACCGACAAGACUGGGUAGACAGUGGCUGCCCUGAAGAGUCAAAAGAUAAGAUUUGUGACAAGAAUGUAGACACAACUGAAGCACCUCCUUACUCCACUACUACUCUUCUACCAACCACCACAAAGUUCAGAGUUUUAACAACUACCAGAGGAUCCACCACUUCCCACCUGCCAACUAGCCUGCCCACAGAAGAUGACACCAAGAUAGCCCUGCACCUAAAGGAUAAUGGAGCCUCCACAGAUGACAGUGCAGUGGAGAAGAAAGGUGGAACGCUUCAUGCUGGCUUAAUUGUUGGCAUUCUAGUCCUGGUCCUCAUCGUGGCUGCAGCCAUCCUUGUGACCGUCUAUAUGUAUCAUCAUCCAACAUCAGCAGCUAGUCUCUUCUUUAUAGAGAGACGUCCAAGCAGAUGGCCAGCAAUGAAAUUCAGAAGAGGAUCCGGACAUCCUGCCUAUGCUGAAGUGGAACCAGUUGGAGAAAAAGAAGGGUUCAUUGUAUCAGAGCAAUGCUAAAAUUUCUAGGACAGAACACCAGUACUGGCCUACAGGUGUAAGACAUUUACUUUGCCUCUCUAAAGAAAAGGAGCCCUAAGCUGCUGUAGUCUGAUAGAAAGAAGAUUUUGGAUACAUUUUUUCCAAGAAGAGAAACUAUCUAAGAUACCAGAUUACCACUGCACAGUAGUUUUUGUUAGUGGACUGAGACACAGUGCUUCAUGCAGAACAUUUGUCAGUGGACACCUAUGGUAUCAGAACUAUGGCACAAGUGCCAUGAUAUUGGCUUUAGGUAUGGGGAUGCACAGUAAUUAAAAGAUAUAUAAUAAAGCAUUGGUGCACAAGGGCAUCACCCUUUGGUUCAAGUGUUCUUCUCUGGUAUCUCAAAGACUGAGUGACAAAGCUGUACCCUUUCAGUGCAAAGGGCACUGCUCAGUGUACCCAGGUGAUUGAGAAAAGUGUCUCAAUGCAGGUAAAGAAGAAAAAAAACAGGAAUUUUCCAAUUCUUCUAUAAGUGGGUAUGAAAUACACUCACUUUUUGAUUCUAAAUUAACCUACCCAUCUGAGUGAGUCACAGUGUACAUUCUUUCCAGAAGCAGUACAAUGUUUAUUGUACACUGCUGAUUACUCUCCAUCUAAACAGCUUGUGAUAUAUAAAUUGGUAAGAAACAAAGACAACAGAGAAUUUCCACAACUAUGAAAUUAUUGUAUUUCAUGGGAGUUCACAGUGACAUUGGGCUGAUUUUCAGUUUCAGUGUUCACUAAGGAUUGUCAGGUUUGUUUCAAGGGAUAGCUUUCAUUUCUGAGCAGCAGACUGAGGUAAAGACAACAAAUCCUUUUAGCUGACAGAGAUCUUAUGGACCAUUUCUUAGCCGAUGUGAUGCGAAAAAUAAGAUUUUAAACAAAUGGAUUUCUAUCUGUUGCCAUUUCAUUGUGAGUCCUUACUGAGAAGCACCACAGACUUCAGUGCACCCCUUCCUGAGAUUCAGAUACAAGUGUUAUUGAACCCUGCUGAUUCAUACAGUGAUUUUUGUUUAAUGCACAUAGUAGUUGCAUAAAUAUAUAUAAAAAUAUAUUUUUUUUUAUAGCUAACACAAGGCAGGCUCUUGUGACUGUUAAGACUGCGUUUUUGUCAUUCAGACAAAGAAAAUGGAUUGCAUUACUGCAUAUUUCCACUGAGUUGUAAAAUAAUCCUUAAGAUUAGAAUAUUUUUAUGUUGUGUAGGGAAGAUGGUUCAUGUAGCUGCAGUGUCAUAGCCUUUCUGCCUAUUGGAACCACUCUUUCUUAAAUAUUGACCCUUUCCCUCCCUCUAUAGGGAAAGACCAGACUAUAAAUUCACGCUAUCAAAUACAGUUACUCCUUACAUGGAAGGGGUUAAUAUAAACUGAGAACCAGAUCUUCCAUGAGGAGAUGGAACAUAAAUACUUUGGUGAUCUGGGCUUGAGGUAUUAAAAUAUUAAAUUCAGGUAUUGUAUGUACAUUUCAUCAUAGUCAUUGACUAUCAACAUUUUUACAUACUGCACAAGGCACUUGAAUCAUUUUACACUGAGGUAUACAACAUUUGCAGUUUCAGAUCUCAAGCAGUUUGAAAAAAUCUGUAGAUGCCAUCUUAAUAGUACAGUUAUUUACAUUUCUUGUUGAUGCUUGUAUGGUCUAAGUUUGAUUACUUAAUGCUGUUAAAAAAAAAAUCAAAACAAAAGCAAACAUGAUUUUUACUUGUUAUUUUUUUCCAGUAAAUAAUACAAUACUGUAUCUUCUGUAUUCUUUUAUUUUGUGUAACACAUUUUUUUUUCAUCUGUUUUAAAUCAUCUAGAGUGAGAUUGCAACUGUUCAAAACCUAACUGGUAUUAAUCUGAAAGUACUAACUAACACAUUGUCUUAAAGCCUGUGGCAAGAAUUCAUUUCAAUUUGUGUGAGCCUGCCGAGCCCUGUUUCUAACAGACUGGGAUUAAGUUGCAGGCUGAGGCUGUUACUUCCAAUAGCAAUAACCAAAUGUAUGCACAUAUAUAUCUGGUGACUCUGAUUUUUAUUGAAUAAAACCAUGUCAGUGCACAUCAUUUAGACACAUAUUUGGUGUGCAAUACUUAUCAAUAGUUUUUCUACAAUCUUGGAAGUCCUCAGCUAGGGUUCAUUGGCCAAAUGAAGCAAUUGUAGAGCUUCCAUUUGAAGCAUGCUGGACUCCUAUUUGAAUUAAUUUUUCUUUCAGAGAACAUCCUGGCAAAUUAUCCUAAGAAAUUUACACAAAUUGACACAGUACUGCAAUAAGUUCGAGGGAUAUUUCAUGUAAGUAAAGAAGAUUUAUACUAUUAUGGGUUUACAGGUCUGCACUUUGGUUGAUUAACUGGUGUUUCCCAUGGUUUUACCCAGGUAUGCAAUAUAUGUCAUGCAGUGGAGCUGACAGAAUGUUUGUGACGUGAUGAAAAGAACACAACGAUUUGGUACUUUGAUUACUUUUGUUUUAAGGCCCUGUUGUUCAGCUGAAAGGUGUCUGAUAGUAUUUGCAAACUAAAUUUCAUACUUCUUCCUAAAAUGAUAGCAACUGUUUUUUCACUCUUUGUCCACCUCUCUCAAUUCCGUGGCAAAUUUCAUUGCUCUUUGGGGACCAUCACGGUGUGCUACCUUUGAUUUUUGCCAUGAUGUGAUGUGCUAUGGAUUAUAACAUGAUGAGCUGCUGGGUUUAUUUAAUGGCUGAUAGGUAUAUGCUAACGUCUGAUAAGAACUGAUAUCUGAAGUGAAAACCUCCUGCGUACUAAUGGAUGUAUAGUGUCUCAUUGGUGUCUGCUUUGAUAUAUUCUGUGGUAUGUUCUAUUUAUCCCAAUAGGCAAAAGUUAAUUAAGUAAUCUGUUGCUGUUUUGUAAUUCCAUCUGGUUUUCUAAUUUUUUAAUAAUUAAAAUUGCCACAUUAAAAAUAAUUCAAAUAUUCAUCUAUAGGUGUGAUGAAAUAGUGAAAUUAAACCAAAAUCCUAUUGUUAUCAUUUUAAAAAGCACCAGAUGUGUAACUCCCUUGUAGACAUCCAGCUGAAAUAUUAUUUGACAGUUCAUAAAGAAAUUUCCAUCCAGGUCUUUGAAACAGUGGUAUCUGUAGGAUUCCCACUGGUCCUUCAUUUGAAAGUACUUCAGAAUAUCUCAUUUAAAUGCCUGCUUACAGAAAUAGUUAUUUUAGCAGUUAUUUUAACUCUUAAACGUUCCUGUAGAUGUGCAGAUCUAAUGCAUGUAAUGAUUGCCAGAUCUCCCAAAUUUAUAAUUUCUUAUUAUUUUCCAUUUUAGUUUCAAACUAAACCUAACACUCUCAGUGCUGAUCAGUUUUAGCUCAUCCUGUUUCACAGGGAAAAGAAAGGAACAUUUCACCUACAAGGACGCAAAAUAAUGACUUUUUAAAUCAUAGUAGGAUACAUCAGAUUCAUGUAUUAAAUACAGAGACUGAUGGGAAAAGAGCCUUAAAUUUGUUUAAAGAAUGUAAAAUUUGGGAAAAAAAUUGUAAAAAAUGACCCUAAAAUUUAGACAUUAAGAAAUUCUGAACUGUAGAAGAGGUGGAAUUGUAAUCUCACUCCCAUAUGCAUACAUUCAAUGCUGUGGUCUUCUUUAGUUGCCUGCUACGUUUCUCAGUGUACUGUGACACAGUGGAUAUAGAGAAUGCAGGCUCUGUGUAAGAAGCAGCUCUCCCAUAUUUUAAUGCCACUUGCUCAGAUUUUGUUACAUUCUUUGUUACAUAUUGUCCAAACCCUACUCAGAAGACUUUUUUGUUUCAUGGACUUUUGCUCUGGAUACACAGACCUUGAUACAUUUGUGUUGUUCUUGUGUUCCUUCAUUCCUGUGAAGGAAGAUGAUCUCCCAGGGAAGACCAACAGGAAACUAUUGUUUCUUGCAUUUUAAUUGCUUUCCUUAUUCUCCAGAGCUUCUGUUGCAAAUGACAUAGGUGUCUUGUAAGUAACAACCUUCUUCAUUGCACCAUUAUAAUUUAAGUUCAGAUCAAGUUCUUUUUCUACAAAUAACGUGUGAUGGACUUCUGGGGAAAACCAAACAUAGUGUAUUAUUGUAU